GAUUUAAAAAACCAAACCCAAAUUUAAAUGAAAUUAAUCAAAAUUCUGCUUACCGACUGACUACUACUAACGAGAAAAACAUUUUACUAGAAAACCAAGUGCAUCCCCUCCAGGCUACUAAAGAAGCUAUGGUAAAAGCAACCUUUAAGUUAAAAAUUAAACCUGAUUUAUGUCUG